AUGGCUUCUUCGACAGAGGCCCGACCGUUCUCUGUUCUCUUUGUGUGUUUAGGCAACAUUUGUAGGAGUCCAGCUGCUGAGGGUGUGUUUACUGAUAUUGUUAAGAAGAGAGGACUUGAUUCUAAGUUUAAGAUUGACUCUGCUGGCACCAUUAAUUACCAUGAGGGCAAUCCAGCAGACCCAAGAAUGAGGGCAGCUUCUAAAAGGCAGGAUAUAAUGGAAGCUUUUAAUAGGUGGAAAUUUAGAGAGACACUUCCUGAUGAUGCACACAAGAAGGUUAAGCUAAUGUGUUCUUUUUGUAAGAAACAUGAUGAAACUGAAGUCCCGGAUCCUUACUAUGGCGGACCUCAGGGUUUUGAGAAGAAAUUGCCUCUUCAUCAGACUACUGAUGUGUUUGUUGAUCCUUCAAUGCAUGUUGGAUUACAGAUUAAAGUUUUGUCUUCUGGUAUUUGUUAUAGGAUUGCUUUGCUUAUCCCAUUUCUUUUAGCUUCCUUCACCUUGUGA